ACCAAGAAUCAAUAAUUUCUGACUUAGUCACGUUUCUUUGUUUCUCCAAACGUCCAUAAAUGAUAGCGACUCUAGCAGCACCCUCUUCUCUCACAAGCCUCCCUUUUCGAACCAUAUCUUCUUUCGGUUCACCGUCGCUUCUCUUUCGGUCUCCAUCCUCCUCAGUCUCUAUGACAACAACAACAACAACGGCGCGAGGGAACGUGGCUGUGGCCGCUGCUGCGACAUCCACCGAUGCGCUAAGAAAAGGAAUAGCGGAAUUCUACAAUGAAACUUCGGGUUUGUGGGAAGAUAUUUGGGGAGAUCAUAUGCAUCAUGGCUUUUAUGACCCUGAUUCUUCUGUUCAACUCUCUGAUUCUGGUCACCGGGAGGCUCAGAUCCGAAUGAUUGAAGAGUCUCUUCGUUUCGCCGGUGUUACUGAUGAAGAAGAGGAGAAAAAGAUAAAGAAAGUAGUGGAUGUUGGGUGUGGGAUUGGAGGAAGCUCAAGGUAUCUUGCUUCUAAAUUUGGAGCUGAAUGUAUUGGCAUUACUCUCAGCCCUGUUCAGGCCAAGAGAGCCAAUGAUCUCGCGGCUGCUCAAUCACUCUCUCACAAGGUAUCUUUUCAAGUUGCGGAUGCGUUGGAUCAGCCAUUCGAAGAUGGAAAAUUCGAUCUGGUGUGCUCGAUGGAGAGUGGUGAGCAUAUGCCUGACAAGGCCAAGUUCGUGAAAGAGUUGGUACGUGUGGCGGCUCCAGGAGGAAGGAUAAUAAUAGUGACAUGGUGUCAUAGAAACCUAUCCGCGGGGGAGAAAGCUUUGCAGCCAUGGGAGCAAAACAUCUUGGACAAAAUCUGUAAGACAUUCUAUCUCCCGGCGUGGUGCUCCACCGAUGAUUAUGUCAAAUUGCUGCAAUCCCAUUCUCUCCAGGAUAUUAAGUGUGCGGAUUGGUCAGAGAACGUAGCUCCUUUCUGGCCUGCCGUUAUACGGACUGCAUUAACAUGGAAUGGGCUUGUGUCUCUGCUUCGUAGUGGUAUGAAGAGUAUAAAAGGAGCGUUGACAAUGCCAUUGAUGAUCGAAGGUUACAAGAAAGGUGUCAUUAAGUUUGGCAUCAUCACUUGCCAGAAGCCCCUCUAAGUCUAAAGCUAUACUAGGAGAUUGAAUAAGACUAUAAGAGUCUCAUGUGAAUGCAUGAGAUUCCUUAAAAACGUCAAUGUUAAGCCUAUGCUUCGUUAUUUGUUUUAGAUAAGUAUAAUUUCACUCUUGUCUAAGGUAGUUUCUUAAAACAAUAAAUACCAUGAAUUAGC